UUGCUUGGGUGGUCUUCAACGCUGGCUCUAUCUCGGCGUGCGUGUGAUGCUGUCCCGGACUGUGCUGAUGCUGCGGACGAGAGAUCUUGUUCUCACUGCUCGUCAGCUGGCCCGGGCUCUUUACGCUGCGCCCUGCAGCCUCGCUGUCUUCCACAGCACCUGCGAUGUGAUGGAACCCCGGACUGCGCUGACGGCAGCGAUGAAACCGGCUGUUUGUGGGUAACCCGUUCGUUGUCGUCAUGGCGUCGUGAGACUCGUGAGACUACGCUGGGCGCUGUUCGUCACCGUGCAGGGUACGCGGUGUGGUCGGGGAGAGGGCGUGUGGGCAAGAUCUGCGCGGAGCCCUACGAACACGACCGGAAGGCGCUCAUGAACGUGGCAACCUCACUAUGCACCGCUCUAACUUUUAAAUCUGCAGUAUCAGCUGAAGCAGUGCCUGACGCUGAGGAAGGUUCUGAUGAAAUAAACGAAAAUAGACAAAUGAAAUCCCAAAAAAAUGAACCGGAAUACGUUGAAAUAGUCGACCCUGCUGCAGCUGAGAUUUCGUUUGUCAAGAGCGAUUGUCCUCAGAGGAAGGUCAUCAAGAUCAUCUGUGAUCAACUCGAAUGUGGAAUACCUUCCGCACGAGGCGCGGGCGCUACACUGGGUGUGCAGCAUCUCCCACGAUCAGCCCGGCCCGGCGACUGGCCCUGGCACGCGGCUCUACUGCGAACGCACGUGCAUGCAUGUGACGCACUCCUCGUGCAUGCUGCCUGGCUCGUCACUACUGCAUCUUGCUUCCAAGGUCAACCGAAAGCGGAAUGGAUUGCUAGAUUGGGAACUGUACGCAUUCAAAGCACUUCACCCUGGCAACAGGAGAGGAGGAUUGUAGGCAUGGUGAAGUCACCGGUCGAAGGCAGUAUGCUGGCGAUGGUACGAUUAGAAGAGCCAGUUGAAAUCACUGACUUCGUCCGUCCCGCUUGCUUGCCCGUCGAUGGCUUCAAAACGAGUGAACAUAGCGUCUGUAAUACGCUGGGAUGGACGAGAAAUAGGGAUCAAUUGCAAAGAGUUCACGUUGUACCCACUACUAUGAACACAUGCGAGAACGUUAGCAUAGCAACUGGCAAUGGUAUAUGCGCAGAACCAUUAUAUGAUCAAGACGAUUGUGACGAAGAAGAAUAUGCAGGCAGUGCAAUGAUGUGCUUUGACGAGAAAUCGAAACACUGGUCUGUGAUAGGAGUCAGCAGUUGGAGAAUAGCGUGCUCAAAGAUUGGAUUAGGAAGACCCAGGAUAUACGACGCCGUCACAUCACACAUCGACUGGAUUCGAAGAACAAUUGCUAACUCUCAAGAUGACUUCCAUAUCAGAGUUUAA